AGAUUUCACUUAUCCUACAUGGCUCCAUCUACACACUUCUUUUGAUUGCACCCCCACCCAUAUAACACACCCUUUACUUCCAUAUUCAAGAUCAACAACACACCAACACCAUCAAAAUAUUGAUUGUAGACCACAAAUGGCAGCUGCUACUUCUACUGCUGUUCUAAACGGGCUCGGAUCGCCCUUCUUGACCGGUGCCAAGAGGACCCAUACGUUGUCUGCACCCGUUAACCCCACCAUUGGUGGUGGUGUUAGGCGGCUUGUUGUUGUUGCUGCUGCUGCUCCCAAGAAAUCUUGGAUCCCUGCAGUUAAAGGCGGUGGCAAUUUGCUUGACCCCGAGUGGCUCGAUGGCUCGCUCCCAGGUGACUUCGGGUUCGACCCGUUGGGCCUAGGCAAGGACCCGGCAUUCCUAAAGUGGUACAGAGAAGCUGAGCUCAUCCAUGGACGGUGGGCCAUGGCUGCAGUCCUUGGAAUCUUCGUGGGCCAGGCAUGGAGCGGAAUCCCAUGGUUUGAAGCCGGAGCCGACCCUGGUGCUGUUGCCCCAUUCUCUUUCGGGAGUCUGUUGGGCACCCAACUCCUGUUGAUGGGCUGGGUUGAGAGUAAGAGAUGGGUUGACUUCUUUAACCCUGAAUCACAAUCCGUCGAAUGGGCCACCCCAUGGUCUAAAACUGCUGAGAACUUCGCUAACUACACCGGGGAACAAGGGUACCCGGGUGGCAAAUUCUUUGACCCGUUAAGCUUCGCGGGUACGAUCCAGAACGGAGUUUACAUCCCGGAUACCGAGAAGCUUGAGAGAUUGAAGUUGGCUGAGAUUAAGCAUGCAAGACUUGCUAUGGUUGCUAUGCUAAUUUUCUACUUUGAAGCAGGGCAAGGGAAAACACCACUAGGAGCUCUUGGUUUGUAAGGAAGGAGACAAAAGGGUUGUGUUAUUAAGCUUCCAUGUAAUCACCUAAUGUAAAUUUGCUUAGAAUUACCCAUUUAAGGGGUGGAUUUGGGUUGUCAGUUGUGUUUCAAAAACAGAUUUAAAUAGUUGUUUUAAGAUAUUUAGAUUAUUAUUAUUAUUAUGGUUUCGGUUCA